UAACUGCUGUUCAAACUAAUUCCUUCCUAGAAUAUCAAUAUUAAGUCCUCUAGAAGUAUUUUGAUCAAAUACAAUUAAUUUUACUCAUUACAUUAUAUUCAGAAUGACUUGGGCAUGUUUGUUUAACUUUUUUUAAUUAACAUUGCAGCUGGACAAAUGGAGUACCAUAAGUUAUCCAACCAUAUUUAUCAUGCACGUGAAUUUCCAUCUCCAAGUCCAAGUUUUUAUGAAACCCCUUUGCCUAGAUCUCAGAGUGGUUCAUGGAGAAGUCCAGUUCAAUAUCCUAGCCCUACAUCAGGAAACUCAGGAACUCAUAAUUUCUCCAGGCCUUGAAAUAUGUCUGGAAAUUUUUCAGGGCACAGUUAUUACUCCAAUUCGUCACAAGGUGCUCUAUCAAGCUUCAGGCUUGGAGAAAGUCCAAUGAGUAGUGCCUACUCUGAUGUGAGGGGCAGUCCCCAUUCUCACUCAAGUGGCAGAGGCUGGCAGUACAGGGGUGGUAGCCCUAGUCCAGGCUGGAGUGGUGGAAGGGGUAGAGGAGGAUUUCAUAAUAAGGGUUAUGGUUUAGGAAGGCAAUUGGAUAGCUUUUAUGUUAAAUCAAUGGUUAAGGACCCCUGGCGUAAGCUGAAGCCUGUUAUUGGCAAUAUUCUUGUGCCCCUUUCAGGACCACAGUCUUGGCUUCCAAAAUCAAUAACAACAAAGAAAGUCAAAGUUGCUGAGAAUGCUAUUGAUAUCAAACCUAAGCAGAACCUCGCAGAGUUCCUUGCAGUGGCUUUUGAAGAGACUAUUAGUAAUGAGCAGGAAGGAGAGGGAUCGAUAGUGCCAUAUACAAAUGACCAAUCUGGUCGUGCAGGUUAAUGAGCGUAGUUAAGAUAUAGUCGAUCCACUUCCAUGUUCUCCAUACUUGCAGAAUGGAAAACCAUCCUACUUACUCUUUAGGUAUGUGAUAGUACUUUUUGUAUUUGACAGGUUGUGUCUGCAUUAAUGUAAUUUUAGUUUAAUUUGUUUUUGUGUUAAUUUUGUGUUUCAGGACCUUUCUAUGGAAAGGCAUUGUGGGAUAUAUUGAAACUGACUGUAGCGUUGUUGAUUUUUAAUUCUGUUUAUAGUAAUGUUGCUUUAGAACAGCUAGUUCUUAACAUUUUGAAAGUUCAUUGAUAUAUUUUAAAAUAAAUGCCGUUUCUAUUUAUCUUUCUUCAAGGCUAAGAGACGCUAGAAUUCUAUUAAGGAAUGUAGGUUUGAAGAUUUUGUAUGAAAUGUGUAUGUCGUGGUUUCUCGUCUUGUGAGCUGUGUAUGAAGCUUGCAGCUUUGCUUGAAAGUAUCCUUUGUGUACUUUUUAUGAAUUUCUCUUCCGUUAAAAACAUUGUUAUGAUCUGUCUUCAUUAGAUCUAACUUAUAACAUGGGAUCAAUAACUGGAUGUUUGACUUUAUCAUCCAUCAACUGCGUUAUCCCAUCCCUUUGGGAUUGACUUAAUAGUGUUAGGAUAUAUUUGAGAUAGUUUUAUGCCUGUGUUGUGCUUAAGAAUACCCCCACAAUUUUCUUUGUUGUUUUUUGCAACUAAAUCUAUUAAAAUAUGAUGGUUGUAAGAAAGCUAUUGUUUGAUGUUGUAGAAAAAAUAAUAUUUAUAAU